AUGGCCAAUACCAGACUAUCUACAACUGCUAUCAAUGAUGCUGCUAACCGAACAUCUUCGUCCUUUGUAUACCCAGAUUUUCGUAUCUGGAAACAUACAGCUUGUGAUGAUACAAGGAUGAGAAAUCACCUUCAGAAGGGGUACUUUGAGACCCCCAUAGUCACUAACGAGUGCCAUUCUGGCCGUCAGGUCAUAAUCCAGCUUCUUCACAAGGCUGAUAAUAUAACCAAAAGCAUUGAUCGCUCUUCACUCAACAACUCAGUGCUAGCUGAAAAGAUAGUCCAUGCUAAGAUGUCGACUUUGAGUGAUGCCAUGAUUAGAACUUUGAGGGAAAGACGCAAUAUCAACAAGAUUCGUGGAAAAUCCACCUAUAAACCUCCUCCAAGAGUUACUCUCACUGAACAUAAGCGUGACAUGUGGCUCAAAAAUCUUGCUAACUCUGCCAUUCCUCUUAGACAACUUUCGAAAGCGAUCCCUCAUGGUCUUCGAAACAAAUCGUUGUUUGAACAGUGCUUCAACCACAAUAUCCCUAUAGCCAGGGCCAUCUGGCUUAUAAAGUGCGUUUCCAGCAACGAACAGAGGCAAUUGAAGCGAAAGGCCGGUAAGGGUAACUUCUUUGGUGCAAUUACACUCACCAAUAGAUGGAUUGUUGAAUGGACAGAUCAGGUCUGUAGCUAUUUGGAGCAGAUCUAUCUCAGCUGUUUUACCCCCAAGUUCAAGGACUCCUGGAAUCAAAGGUUUGAUUACGCUCUCAGAUUAUCUACCAAUCUUUAUUUACAGGAGUUGUUGAAUCAAGAGACUUUUCUUGCUUGGAUGGUUAACUAUAUGGGUAGAAUUACAUCCAAAAAGGAGCUGUCUAUACAAGAUUUCCGUACUCUUUCGUUGCAUUAUCAUAUCAUUCGUCUUUUUUGGUUUAAACUCCUCAAGAUUGAUUAUCUCGCCAAAGAGUUAGGUGAAAAUAUGCUUUUGAUAGUGGCCAAAUUAUAUGAAUUGCCUCGAAAUGACAAGUACGACGAGCUGGUCAUUAAAAUGUCCUCACAGUUCCAGUAUCUUAUCAAGUAUCUUUUCUAUUACAAUUCGGACAACUUCAUCAUUCCUAACAAUUGGUACUACUUGAGGUCUCAUCUCAAGAGACUAUUGGAUAUGAAUAUCGGUUGUGUCACUGAACAAUUCAAAUUGAUCACUUACAGAAAUGAGUCGCUUAUGAUUGAUGAGACUGAUAGAAAGAGAAAUCAAUCAUCUAACUCUUAUUGCUACAAUAAGGCUUCUCAGAUCGUGUACAAAUUGGACAACUACGGCUCUUCCGAGCUUAAUUUGAGGGAUCUUUGCCAAUCAAUCUUCACCGACACCAGCGGUGACUGGAAGGGACUUCUCAGCAUGGCCCUUCACUGGGCAAUUACUAUAGAUAGGGAGAUAUACACAGAUUAUCAACGCAUUAGUUUGACUUGCUCGAUUCUUCAAAUAAGACUUUAUGAAGCCUCUCAAUUAAAACCGAAGAGAUUUAAGCAGGCGAAGUUAGAAUUGGAAGUGGAAAUCACAGAGUUUGUAUACGAGAUGGCAAACACGCUGAACUAUUCCACGUCUACUGAACUUCCGGCAUGUAGUUACAGUCUUGCUAACUUUCUGGUUUUGGUGAAUAGGCUAUUCCAAAUGGAUUUGUUUGUUGUAUCUUCAUACUUAAGGAGACUGAUCGCUUCGGGCGUAAUCUAUCUCUCUGAACCAGAUAAAUCAUGCUAUAUCCAUCUUCUGAUUCUACAUUCAUUACCUGCCUUCAAAGAUUCUAAUGUCAGUAACAUUCUUAAGAGACUAUCUGAUACUACCAACAUCAAAGUACCUUCAGAACAGGAAAGAGAGACGGUAGCCAAAACCCAAAAGAAGCUCCUAGAAUUUUCUAAUACGCUAUUCUCUAUCGACAGAACUGCCUCCUCUAAUGUUGAUCUUUAUGAUCUCAUGGAUGGUUGGUGUGACUCAGAAGAAUAUCCGAUGCAAAUUGGUCGGAAACUCGAGCUUGGCUCUUGGUUCAUGAAGCAAAUCAACACAGCGCUUACUAACGGUCGCAUGAAGCUUAUCUCUUCUGAUUUGAUUGUCUUAUAUCAUCUCAUGAAGGACCAUUUUCAUAGGUUUCCAAGAUUUAUACACUUGAUAUUUGAACAGCUGGAUAAAGGUAAAGUGGAUAUCCUUGACAAUGAUUCAUUCAAAUUGCUUCUAAAGAUGGCUGUUCACAAUACCAAGCUUCUUAAUAGUUACCUCAUUGAUGUGGAUACUACUAUAUGGAAAGAUCUCAAUAGAAUUGUGGAUAAUUGGAAGAUCACCGACAGAUUUCACAUUGAAGGACUUCUACAAUCAUGCCGUUUUCAGCCUCUGCAUGGCACUGCUACUUCUUUCCAAACGUCUCUUUCUUUGGACACCCUUUCAAUCCUGGGAAUAAGCUCAAGGGAAAGGCUCUCAAACGCGGCUGAGUAUUCUCACCACCUCAAUCAGAACAUGUCGCAGUAUUUCAAUGUGGUUAAAGGCUUCAACUUUCAAUUGAGAGGUCCUAUUCUUGAGUUAAUGAACGAUUUGAAACGAUGGAAGCCAGCGGAUUUUGACAAUCUCUUGAUAAUGUAUUUGAAAAAGUUCAUACAGCCUACACUUUCUUUGGAUUACAGUGCUGACUUGAAGUUGAUAUUGAAGUUGAUUGUGGAUGAUUUAAUUGAUCUCUCCCAGGUUUUAAGCGUGUUUGUUGAUGCUACUCAAAAUAAGUUGGACGAGUUCUCUUCCGACAGCAGUAAGAGACUUCACUGGGACUUACUUUUUGGGCAGGAUCUAGAUUUGGACGACCACGAGUACUUUCUGACAUGUUUCUAUCGUAGAAAGUAUAGGGAAUCUCAUACGAAGGACUAUUACGAGAUAUUACUGACGUUUCUACAGAGCGAGACUCCCAACUCUCUAACGCACUCUGCAAGCGCGGGACAGGACGUCGAAAUGGGCGCUGUCGAUGAUAUUGUACCUGUCGAUGUGAUGAACUCGCUGCACGAGCUGGCGAACGUUUCGGUGGUUACACCUUUGGAAAGCCCACGUAGAAAUAACAACUCUAUGGCAAAGGAGCGGAAGUACAGUCCGGAUAUUGUCGAUUCAAUCUGGUGCCUUGUUGCCUUACAUAUGGAUAUAUUCAUUGAGUUGUUCUAUAAAGGUGGUAGAGAACUUGAUGGUGGAGAAAUUUGCCGGUUCUUCUUUCAAGGAGUACUCAAGUUAAGAUAUGGUUCAGACGAGGACACGUUGAGUUAUGUGGAUGAACUGAUUAAAAACUUAAAUUAUUACAACUUACAUGUUUGUCAGUGGUUGUUCAAGGAUCUUAUAGAGAACGAAUUUGAUAAGGUAGAGAAUGACGAGUAUGAACUUAACUGCAAGAUCGCAAAAGUGAUUUUAAACAUCCUAUCUCGUGUUAAGGAAUCCAAGCCAUUGAAGGAUAUCUACUUAAUUGGCGAGUUAUUCGAGUUUGUCUCAGAUAAGUACAAGUUGAGAAUUUUGUCGAACUGUGAGGACUUAUUCUUAGGAUCAGAUAGUUUUCCAAAAUUUGCUAUUGCUGGUGCUGAGGGAGAGUCGAACAUGACACAGUAUUUGACGAACAUUAUUUCUAGUUGCUCAAGAUUAAAGGAUUACGAGGCUAUGGUUAUUCCUAUGAGUGAUGCACUAGUAUUUUCGUUGAAUUUGUCGUUGGAGAAGUUGAUAUAUUAUUGCCAUGGAUUGGAGCACAAGAAGAAGAUCAGCGCCGAUGACCGUAGAUGUGUAGCCGGGGCGGUCAAACUGAUUUCGAAAAUUGUAUUGAUCCACAAGAACUUCUUAGUGGAAUUGAUUUUGAAAAGAUCUGUGAACUUGCAGCGGGAUGUCUUGCUAAUGAACUUGCUGAAGUUGUUUAAGACGAGACUUAUGGAUAGGGAUCUCCGUUUAAAGAAUUUAUUGCACGACAUUCUCAUUUCUAUCAAAGUUCUGAUUUCGGAAUCCGUCUCACUACAGUAUCAGAAGCAGCAGCAGCAGCAACAACCACAACAGCAACAGCAACAAAAACAGAAAAAGACUUCUGUUGGAAAUAUGACAUCUCCAAUUUCCAAACCUACACCAUCUUCUUCAUUUCUUUCUCCCUCUGGUGAAUCCCAAUCACCCCUGUCACCUCAGAGCGACAACAAAACCAAAACUCCUGCAAGUAACAUUCCGGCUUGGAGGACUGCUAUGGCAAUUGAUCCACCUAGUGUCAACAACCGUCUGAAGUUCUUGCUAUCCAAAUUCUACUUGAGAGAUGCUCUUGAAACCCCAGAUUCAAACUACUACUUGGUGGACGAGCAGUCGGGACAGAUGGCCAAGUACCACUUCCGGCGGUUCGAUAUGAUCGAGGAUGCCAGCCCUUACGAAUCGCUGAACAAUUCCUGUCUCAGCUUGCAAUUGUUCGACUGCUCGAUAGAGAGAAAGAACCCUAAGUGA